UGCUGGGCUCACGUGACCAAAACGGCAGGCCUGUCUUAGAGAAGGACCCGAGCCCGGUGAAAGUUUGGUUCAGGCAGCUCGGUCCUUCCCUCUGUAACGGUGUUUUAACCUCAAUAACGGGUUUUUUUUAUUCCGUUUAAGACGCCGUUUUUUGCCGGUUGGUAAAAAUGGCUGCCAGGACAGCUGCAGCUGCGGGACGGUCGUCGUGUAGGAGCUUCUGUCCUUCCAGCCUCCGCUUAUCAGCAGCAGUCGGCAGCAGUCGGCUCUGCACACAGGUCGCCCAAAAGGACAAGCUAGUAAAGAGAUCUGCCUAUAGACCAGAACCCAGCUCCACACACGACUGGGUCGGUCCACCAAACCCCCUCUCGAACCUGCGCCCGAUUGUUUACCACAUCCCUGAGAAUGAAACGGAGCUGGAGAAACGGCUGAGGAACCUGAGGCAGGAGACAGAGGACUGGAACCACAACUUCUGGGCUAAACAGAACAUCACCUUCAGCAAGGAAAAAGAAGCUUUCAUCAUUUCACAGCUGAAGGCAAAAGGCUUGACUCUGCGUGAUGAGGACGGACGACGGCGGUCCCUGAGCAGCGAAGAGAUGGCCGUGUUUUACAAAAGCUUCCUGGACAAAAACAGACUGCGACACGCAAAUUACAACAAGGAAUGGUACAGACGUAACUUCACCAUCACCUUGCUCAUGGCCCGGGUCACCCUAAACAGUGUGUGGAGGACAGUUAGUGAAAGAGACAGCAGCAAGAAAAAUGGCACUCCUACGAGCUGAUACUGAAUCAAAUAUUCCUCUGUCCUCCUAUUAAAAGCUUUGGCUGUG